AUGAAGAAGAUGAAAGUGUUGGCUUUUGUUAUGCUCAUCUCUCUUCUUCUGCUUUCUCAGGUACUUGCAGAGCUAUCUUCAUACAGCAAUGCUGAAACUUCCUCUGUUUCUCAGAUUCAGACGAACGACGAGAUCGAAACGGCUGCGUUUAAGAAAACACACCACCGUCCAAAAUUCAAUUGUGGGCAUGCUUGCGCGAGGAGAUGCAAAGAGACGUCAAGGAAGAAAGUGUGUCACAGAGCUUGUGGAAGUUGCUGUGCCAAGUGCCAGUGUGUGCCACCGGGAACCUCCGGCCACACAGCGUCAUGCCGUUGCUACGCCACUCUCCGUACUCAUGGCAAUAAGCUCAAGUGUCCUUAA